AUGACUAUGGCCAUGCACUGCAGGGCAGUCACCGCAACCGCCAGCGCUGGAGGGCUCCGUGUCGUUGGGCCUUACAGCGCCCCUGCCAGCCCCUUGCGUUCGCAAUUCACCCACAUGCACCCGCACGUGGUUCCCGGGUCGACUCUGGCGACCGCGGAGGCGGCGGAGGCGGAGGUGAUGACGGUGCGGUCGAAGCGGGGCCGGUCGGGGGUGCUGGACCUGCAGCACAUGCUGGGCGUGGACGUGCCGCCAAGGGUUAGGGGAGCCGUGUGUUUCGCUCUGUCGGAGGUGAUGUAUGACGGGGCAGUUGUCGGUCGUUGA